GGUAUGCUUCUGUAGGGCACUCGACGACACAAAGAACAAGUAACUAGCUGGACCUCAUAAUUCAGCUCUAGCUUUACACGAAAUCACGCAUACAAAAAUUCCAUUUGGGAAUUGGACGAGUUCAAUAAUUGGCUACGAGUACAGUCAAAGAGGCGGAUAAGAGAAUUUUGACAAGUAUUAAUGAGCCAUAUUCAACUAAAUAAGGCCUCAUGCAUCCUCAAACUCGUGAAUCUCCCUCCGCAUGUCCGCCUUUGAUUUCGACCAACUGGAGACAUGAAAUCCAAGUUACAGGUUUCAACGAGAUAUCCAGCUUUCUACCACAUUGAUUUUGACAGCCAAGCAAUGUAGCAGUUUACGCGUAUGCACGAGUCAACGAAGGCGACGCGCCAUCGCUCUACGGCUUUGGUCGCGGUAGUGGAGAUUAUAUAUACCUAUGGAGCCAGUGAGAUUGAUGCACUCAUCCCCUUGCUCGAUCCAUGGCCUCCUUCACGCUCGCUCUUCUCUCAGCUGCGCUCCUGCUCUGCAGCGCAGCGCAGGCGCAGCUCUCGUCGUCGUCGUUCUACUCCCGCACUUGCCCGUCCUUGCCAAACAUCGUCCGGUCGACCAUGGCGCAGGCCGUCAACAAGGAGCCUCGCAUGGCCGCCUCGAUCCUCCGCCUCUUCUUCCACGACUGCUUUGUCAAUGGCUGCGAUGCAUCGAUUUUAUUGGACGACACGGCGACGUUCACCGGCGAGAAGAAUGCUUUCCCUAAUAUAAACUCUGCCCGUGGCUACGAGGUCCUCGACGCCAUCAAAUCCAACGUCGAAGCCGCUUGCCCCCAAACGGUUUCCUGCGCCGACAUCCUCGCUCUCGCCGCUCGCGAUGGCGUUUCCUUGGUAAAUAGUUUGAACAUUGAAUUGAAUCCCGGAGCCAAGGAACUAACUUGGAUAGAAAUGCAGGUCGGCGGACCAAAUUGGAAAGUCUCACUCGGCCGCCGGGAUGCCACAACGGCGAGCCAGAGCGACGCCAACAGCAACCUCCCGGGACCCUCCUCCAGCCUCUCUCAGCUCGUCGCUUCGUUCGCGGCGAAAGGCCUCAGCGCCCACGACAUGACCGCGCUCUCCGGCGCCCACACCAUCGGCCGAGCGCAGUGCGCCAACUUCCGCUCCCACAUCUACGACGACGCCGAUAUCGACCCUAGCUUCGCGGCUGCCUGCCGCCGGGAAUGCCCCUCAGCCGGCGGCGACGGUAACUUGGCGCCGUUCGACUUGCGGACCCCGGACCGGUUCGAUAAUAGCUACUAUCAGAACCUGGUGGCGAAGCGGGGGCUGCUGCACUCCGACCAGGAGCUGUUCAACAACGGGACGCAGGACAAGUUGGUGCGGCGGUACAGCGUCAACGGCAAGGCGUUUGCUAAGGACUUCGCGGCGGCCAUGAUGAGGAUGGGAGCCAUCAGCCCUCUCACCGGAGCCAGCGGGGAGAUCAGAUUGAACUGCAGGGUGGUGAACAAGUAGCCUUCCUUCUUGCCUGGAACUGAUUAGUCGCCGAUUUGUUCAUUCUUUUACACUGUGAAGCAAACACUGUUCUUUAUUCUUUCAAAAAAAAAAAAAAAAAAAAGAAAGAAAAAAGAAAAAAGAAAAAAGGAAAAAGAAAAAACAUGAUCAUAAAGUUUAAUUACCGUGAUAUAUUGCUCAAAUUAAAGCUCUGUUUUAGCUUAGGCAUGUGAACUUUUUAUCAAGUCAAUAGUGGAAUUGAUGGCAUGGUUGAUUGAUAA